UUCUUUUUGGCCGGCCGCCUUCGCUUUGUCUUGGAAUAGGGCAGUCGGGCGCGAGCUUGGCUGACCGCGCGCGGCCGGCUGACCACUGCCGGUGCUGGCCGGGCGGCCAGCCUACAAAAACCCAGCCAGGCCGACGCGAGGACGAGCACGAGGGCAGGAGAGGGGUGCGGGUGGCGAGCCGCCCCCGCGCGCGGCGCCCGCCUCGGGUUUGGACACGCCCGACUUAGGAUGCUCCAACCUACUUCAGCCUUAGCGUGGUCCUCAAGUAGGAUGGCGACAACACAACGCCCCGUGCGUGCCGGUCAGAGCUUGCCGACCGUGAGCAUGCGGGCCAGGCCCGCCACGAAGAAGAAGACGAAGAAGACCGCGAAGAACAGGCCUGCCUUGUUGAGCUCCUGCUCCGACCACGCGGCCGCUGGCUCGGGCACCGCGGCGGCGAGGCCGCCGUACGCCGCGGCGGCCGCCGCGGCGCCGCCGCGCAGCGCGGGCACCUCCGAGGGCGCCGCGGGAGGCACGAAGGCGACGGUGGACGCCAGCGCCGCGAGGCCGAGCACGGCGGCGACCAGCAGGGGGGCGGAGGUGCGGGCCAUGGUCUGCGCGGAAGGUAUCUGCAGCGGGCUCGUUUCGCUACGGCCUGCGAGCUGGCUUCCGACAACAAAAAACUUGAGCCAAAAUGGCUACGGAAUGAUUUCCCUUCGGUUUUGA